AUGGAGCAGGCAGCUGCAGGCAUCACAAGUCAUGGCAACACUGCAGGGAUGGAGCAGGCAGCUGCAGGCAUCACAAGUCAUGGCAACACUACAGGGAUGGAGCAGGCAGCUGCAGGCAUCACAGGUCAUGGCAACACUACAGGGAUGGAGCAGGCAGCUGCAGGCAUCACAGGUCAUGGCAACACUACAGAGAUGGAGCAGGCAGCUGCAGGCAUCACAAGUCAUGGCAACAUUGCAGGGAUGGAGCAGGCAGCUGCAGGCAUCACAAGUCAUGGCAACACUACAGGGAUGGAGCAGGCAGCUGCAGGCAUCACAAGUCAUGGCAACACUACAGGGAUGGAGCAGGCAGCUGCAGGCAUCACAGGUCAUGGCAACACUGCAGGGAUGGAGCAGGCAGCUGCAGGCAUCACAGGUCAUGGCAACACUACAGGGAUGGAGCAGGCAGCUGCAGGCAUCACAGGUCAUGGCAACACUACAGGGAUGGAGCAGGCAACUACAGGCAUCACAUCACAGGUCAUGGCAACACUACAGGGAUGGAGCAGGCAGCUGCAGGCAUCACAACACAAGUCAUGGCAACACUACAGGGAUGGAGCAGGCAGCUGCAGGCAUCACAAGUCAUGGCAACACUGCAGGGAUGGAGCAGGCAUCUGCAGGCAUCACAGGUCAUGGCAACACUACAGGGAUGGAACAGGCAGCUGCAGGCAUCACAACACAAGUCAUGGCAACACUGCAGGGAUGGAGCAGGCAGCUGCAGGCAUCACAGGUCAUGGCAACACUACAGGGAUGGAGCAGGCAGCUGCAGGCAUCACAGGUCAUGGCAACACUACAGAGAUGGAGCAGGCAGCUGCAGGCAUCACAACACAAGUCAUGGCAACACUGCAGGGAUGGAGCAGGCAGCUGCAGGCAUCACAGGUCAUGGCAACACUACAGGGAUGGAGCAGGCAGCUGCAGGCAUCACAACACAAGUCAUGGCAACACUGCAGGGAUGGAGCAGGAAGCUGCAGGCAUCACAGGUCAUGGCAACACUGCAGGGAUGGAGCAGGCAGCUGCAGGCAUCACAGGUCAUGGCAACACUACAGGGAUGGAGCAGGCAACUACAGGCAUCACAUCACAGGUCAUGGCAACACUGCAGGGAUGGAGCAGGCAGCUGCAGGCAUCACAAGUCAUGGCAACACUGCAGGGAUGGAGCAGGCAGCUACAGGCAUCACUGCAGGGAUGGAGCAGGCAGCUGCAGGCAUCACAAGUCAUGGCAACACUGCAGGGAUGGAGCAGGCAGCUGCAGGCAUCACAAGUCAUGGCAACACUGCAGGGAUGGAGCAGGCAGCUGCAGGCAUCACAAGUCAUGGCAACACUACAGGGAUGGAGCAGGCAGCUGCAGGCAUCACAAGUCAUGGCAACACUACAGGGAUGGAGCAGGCAGCUGCAGGCAUCACAAGUCAUGGCAACACUACAGGGAUGGAGCAGGCAGCUGCAGGCAUCACAAGUCAUGGCAACACUACAGGGAUGGAGCACGCAGCUGCAGGCAUCACAGGUCAUGGCAACACUACAGGGAUGGAGCAGGCAGCUGCAGGCAUCACAGGUCAUGGCAACACUACAGGGAUGGAGCAGGCAACUACAGGCAUCACAAGUCAUGGCAACACUACAGGGAUGGAGCAGGCAGCUACAGGCAUCACAGGUCAUGGCAACACUGCAGGGAUGGAGCAGGCAGCUGCAGGCAUCACAGGUCAUGGCAACACUACAGGGAUGGAGCAGGCAACUACAGGCAUCACAACACAGGUCAGAGAUUACACAGUAACACGACAAAAUAUUCGUUUGUCGUGUAUUACAGUAGUCUACGUUCUCACCAUAUAA